UGAUCGAUGAUUCGAUCGACAGACAGUGGAAUAGCAAGAAAAUUUCCAUGGCGGAUGACACAAGGCAUUUCACAGACAUCAAAGAUAUUCGGCCCGGCAUAAAAAACUUACACUGUUUAUUCAUAGUUUUGGAAGUCGGGAAAGCCACGAAAACGAAGGAUGCGCACGUUGUAAGGGCAUGUCGAGUAGCUGAUAAAACAGGCUCCAUUACGGUGUCUGUUUGGGACGAGGUCGGAGAAAUUCUACAACCAGGAGAUAUCAUUAAGUUUGUUCGAGGUUAUUCGUCAUUAUGGAAAGGAAGCUUAACUCUGUACACAGGCAAGGUGGGGCACUUGGAGAAAGUUGGAGAUUUCUGCAUGACUUUUUGUGAGCUUCCAAACAUGAGUGAUCCUAAUGCAGAAUUUCUUCAGCAGUAUAAACAGGGGCUUCAAGCUGAUCAAGGAAAGAAUUCUCCCAAUACUCCAACCACUACUGCUGGAUUGUCAUCUGUGGGGUCUCGAAACCAAAACCAUAACACAGAACAUUUAGCGACAGCGACAUCACUUAACAAUCAUCACAUGGGACCCAACACUGGUUCACACAGAUUCCACCCUUACAGCAGGUCAGAUGGGAACGUAGCAGCGAAAGUAGAUGCAUCACGGGAUCCAAGGUUAAAAUUACGGGGGAACAAUAAUGGCAAUAACGGCAAUGGGAGUGGCCCAAACUUCAUUUCAUCAUCGACAAAUGGGAAUAAUGGACACCCUAAUGCUGAUCCAAGUGCUCGUAAUGUAAUUAACACUAGCAGAGAUCCACGGACUCGUAGAUAGCAUAGUUAGACCUAGUAAAUACAGUAUGAUAUAUUUCUUGCUCUAGUAACUAGUAGUGAGAUUUAUAACCUUUUGUAUUUUGUACAAAAGUCCAAAUAUAAUGUAGUGAAUUAAUUAAAAAUCUCUUUUUAUUAAA